UCCAGCUGUUAUCAAAGCAGAGGGAGCUCUGGCUAGUUCAGCAGUCUGUGUUGAAGUGGCACAGUAAUGAAACGGCCUUGAGAGUCGGGAAUAAACUGGUGUUUUAUCAUGCUGUAUCCGGAGUAGUGACUGUGUCCACUGAUACCCAGGGAGUAUAAUUCUCCUCGACUUUCCUCCGGUCCGAGUGUUGAAACAAGGUGUGAAUGAGUGACGUGGUGCCUCCCACAGCUCUCAGUGAAGUCCAGCUCCGCUUCCUCUGCCACGAUGACAUAGAGAAUGUCAAGCUGCUCUGUGGUGAUUGGUUCCCAAUCGAGUACCCAGACUCAUGGUAUCAGGACAUCACCUCCAACAAGAAGUUCUUCUCCCUCGCUGCCACCUUCAGAGGAGGUAUCGUGGGAAUGAUUGUGGCUGAGAUCAAAGGCCGGACCAAAGUACACAAAGAGGAUGGAGACAUCCUGGCCUCCAGUUUCCCUGUGGACACACAGGUAGCCUACAUCCUCAGCCUGGGAGUGGUCAAAGAGUUCAGGAAACAUGGCAUAGGCUCCCUACUGCUGGACAGUUUGAAGGAGCACAUCUCAACGACAGCCCAGGACCACUGUAAGGCGAUCUACCUUCAUGUCCUCACGACCAACAACACUGCCAUCCACUUUUAUGAGAACAGGGACUUCAGGCAGCAUCACUACCUGCCCUACUACUACUCCAUACGAGGAGUCCUCAAAGAUGGAUUCACAUAUGUGCUGUACAUCAAUGGGGGUCAUCCACCUUGGACAAUAUUUGACUAUAUCCAGCACAUUGGUUCAACCCUGGCCAGCCUGAGCCCCUGCUCCAUCCCGCAGAGGUUGUACCGGCAGGCCCAGUCCCUGCUGCGCUCCCUGCUGCCCUGGUCCAACAUCGCCUCCAAGACUGGUAUACAGUACAGCAGAACAAUGUGACACGUCAUGGAGCGCAUGUGUUUCUCAUCAGUCUUCCCCUGUGUAUAAACACACUCACAUUCUCAAUCACAUAUGGCUUUCCACACCCUGUGUAUAACACAGGACUCAGGUUCCACCUCUGUCACAAACCAGAAUAUUACUCCAUAUUCAGUCCACGUUUGGCACUGUUCACACAAGAUCCAGGUUUGCAGCCGUAGUUCUGUGCCCACUACUAAACAGGGUUACUGCAUUGCAGCGUCAUUUAAAGUGCAAUGUUGUGUUUACACUGAUAGACAGCGUGAUCUGGUAAAACCACAGGAUUUUCUUUUAGUUGUUCAGUUGCUAUACUAUCCCAUAUAUAGUGCUCUAUCCCGCAGUUGCUAUAGUGACCUGUGUUUGGCCAGUCGCACCAAAGCUGAGCAGUGGCAGAGCAGAGUGGAGGACCAGGCACACAGUCGACAGCCACAGGUCAUUGUUUUGCUGUGAAAGCGGUGUAACACACACACACACAGACGCACACACACACUGGGGACCCUACAGAGACUAAAGGUUCAAACCCUGUUUAUCUUUCUGUCUCUCUUCAUCCUGUUCACUACUGUCACAGAGACUAUGUAUGCUGUUUGUAUAUUAUAUAUACUAAGCUAAUAUAUAAAUUUCUCUCGAUAUGUAUGUCUAUUCUAUGCUGUCAGUAGGCCUAGUUGGAAGAUAACCCAUCCAUUUUCCUUUUUGACCAUAGACUGACUCCGGAGUCAAUUCCAGUUUGUAAAAUAGACAUUGAGCUAAAUUGGACUGUGAAUCAAGCUGUUAAUAGGCUAGUAGGGUAGAACAAAGCUAGUAUACACAGGGAACUUUGAGAUGCAAUGUAGAUGGGUAAUACAGGAUAUUUAGCAGCAACGGGAAUUUUCUUUUUCAAAUUCUCUGUUCAAUAAUUUGAACUGGAAACUGUACUAGUGACAUCAGUACAGAAACAUACAAACAUGUUAUAGUAUAAUAUUCUGUCAGUUUAACACAAAAGUUUUCCAGACACCUCGUCAAUUAUGCAGGACUGUUUGAAAGUCUUACAUAAAAAUAUGAUGAUAAUUCUGAGCUAAAUGGCCUUUCUACAUUGUUUCAAGAUGUUGCCCAUGUAUAAUUCACACAAGAGUGAGCGAGAGUUUCUCGACUCCUUAUUUUAGAGGUUUUAAAUAGUAACUGGCCCUGUCUGUCUUUCUGCUCUUUGGCUGUAAAAUUGCUGCUAAUGUUGAGCAAUGUUCAUUUGUUUGUCCACAUUUAAAAAAAAAAAAAAGAUAUGGCCCCGAUUAGAUUUUUACGUUGACUGGUAGAGGAGAAAAGAAGAAAAAGAAGCAAUGUUCCCAAACACAAACGUCGUACACCUUGUGUGCCUGAGUGCAUGCAGGUGUGUAUGUCUGCGUGUGUAUAUAUGCUAGAUACAUGCAUACAGGGUCUGAAAUUAGCACCUUGCAAGUGCCAAAUGUUGGUUAGAUCUGUCUGCGGAAGACAAAUGUAGUAAAGUUCACCCAACAUGUUGACUGGUAACUUUGGAAUGGAAUAACACUGUUAAUUUUAUUGCGUUCUGUUGCACUACAUAAUGAAUUACGAACCUGAUCCCGUGUUUAUGUCAGUGAGCAGAUGUUAGAUUUUAUACAUGAAAUAGCACUGAAGAAGGUGAGGGUGACUGUGUGAAAAAAUGCAGAUUCAUUUUUAAAAGGCUCUGAAAGUCUCUCAGUUUACCAGCCCAGGAUGAACAACUCAAAAGUACAUUUCUGACAUUGUGUAUGCAAUAAAUUUGUUUCCUUUGACUGAUUGUAAAGGCUGAGUCAGUCUGACUGCCCCCUCUGUAUACCUAUUUUACACUGUUCUAAUAUUUUGAUUGUGAUUAUCAUAUUACAUUGUUAUAAACCUGAGCCUUGUUUUCAUUCACAAUA